UGACGAUCGAGCCCAGCGUCUUUAAAAGCUGAUAUCCCCGCGAAAUAACUCUGACCCCAAGAUACCCCUUUCACACACAUUCACAAUGGCUUCAAGACCUGUUACCCGCGCUCUGCGCCAGACCGCCCGCCAAUUGGCUUCCACUCCCGCUCAGAAGCGCACUUUUGUGUCUGCUCUGAGUGCUGGUGCUAAGAAGGCUGCUCCCCGCGCGGCUGUCACAAGCCAGUUCCAGCAGACCCGUGGUGUCAAGACCAUUGACUUUGCCGGUACCAAGGAGACUGUCUACGAGCGUGAUGACUGGCCAAAGGAGAAGCUUCUUGAGUACUUCAAGAACGACACCAUGGCCAUGAUUGGCUACGGAUCCCAGGGUCACGGCCAGGGUCUCAACAUGCGCGACAACGGCCUCAACGUCAUUGUUGGUGUACGGAAGAACGGUGCUUCGUGGAAGGAAGCCGAGGCCGAUGGCUGGGUUCCCGGAAAGAACCUGUUCGACAUCGACGAGGCUAUUGGCAAGGCCACCAUUGUCAUGAACCUCCUCUCAGAUGCCGCUCAGUCUGAGACUUGGCCCGCCAUCAAGCCCCAGCUCAAGGGCAAGACUCUCUACUUCUCCCACGGUUUCUCCCCCGUCUUCAAGGACCUCACCAAGGUCGAAGUCCCCACCGACAUCGACGUCAUCCUCGUCGCCCCCAAGGGCUCCGGCCGCACUGUCCGCACCCUCUUCCGCGAGGGCCGUGGUAUCAACUCGUCCAUCGCCGUCUUCCAAGACGUGACCGGCAAGGCCAAGGAGAAGGCCGUCGCCCUCGGUGUUGCCGUCGGUUCCGGAUACAUGUACGAGACCACCUUCGAGAAGGAGGUCUACUCCGACCUGUACGGCGAGCGUGGCUGCCUGAUGGGCGGAAUCCACGGCAUGUUCCUCGCGCAAUACGAGGUUCUCCGCGAGCGCGGCCACAGCCCCUCCGAAGCCUUCAACGAGACCGUCGAGGAAGCCACCCAGUCUCUGUACCCCUUGAUCGGCGCCAACGGCAUGGACUACAUGUACGCCGCCUGCUCCACCACCGCCCGCCGCGGUGCCAUCGACUGGAGCAAGCGCUUCAAGGCCGCCCUCAAGCCCGUCUUCGACGACCUCUACACCUCCGUCGAGAACGGCAGCGAGACCAAGCGCUCCCUCGAGUACAACAGCCAGCCUGACUACCGUGAGAAGUACAACGCCGAGCUCAAGGAGAUUGACGACCUUGAGAUCUGGCGCGCCGGAAAGGCUGUCCGCUCCCUCCGUCCUGAGAACGCCAAGUAAAUUGCGUCGAGGAGAGGUCGAGCUUGGAUAGUAAGGAAGAUUAAAAUGUGUAGAUAAUGUCAUGUCUUUUGUUACGAUUAGGGAUGUUAUGGCGUUGGCGCGCUUGGUUGCUAUGUACGCCUUUAUGCUGCAUUGGUGGCGGUCAAAAAGAACCUUGGAAGAAGAGACAAGGAAGGGAAGAGCGCAAAAGCGAAAUGAAUACCUUUCCAUGACAAUAACUGUUCUAUUUCAUGCAUCCUCUUGCGGUAUAUAGUUUCCUGGCCUGAAGACAUUGCAUCUCGUUACAGACAUCUCACACUAAAGUGUAUCCAUCCAUGUAUCCAACUUACCAUACGUAUCCGUCAUACUUUUACUUCUCUACCCCAACCUAAUUCUUCCUUAUCUUCUGUCAUAUCACUCUUUACUGCUUUCACUUCCAUUCCUG